AUUUAUAAAAAUGAAACACAUGGUAAUCCAACAUUGUGGUUCAAAAUAUAAAAUUGAGUAAAGAUUACUAUUGCUUUCUACGCGCCAAAGUUUGAAUCGAUUAUUACAAAUGAGGGAAGUUGUAUCAAUCCAUGUCGGACAAGCUGGUGUCCAGGUCGGUAACGCAUGCUGGGAACUAUACUGCCUGGAACACGGAUUACAACCCGACGGUAGUAAAAUCCCUGAUGGCAACACCAUCUCCGACAGUUUCAGCAGUUUUUUCAUCAACAUCAAUGAAGAAAAAUAUGUUCCAAGGGCAAUUUUAGUCGACUUAGAGCCUUCAGUAAUAGAUGAAAUAAAAGUCGGAGCGUAUAAGGAUCUGUUUCACCCCGAGCAGUUAAUAACUGGUAAAGAAGACGCUGCGAAUAAUUUUGCAAGGGGGUACAACACGACUGGGAAGGAAAUAAUAGACCAACUGAUGAAUUAUAUGAGAAAGCUUGCUGAAGGAUGUGCCUGCCUGCAGGGGUUUCUUGUAUUCCAUUCUUUUGGAGGAGGAACGGGUAGUGGAUUCAUGUCUUUAUUAACAGAAAGAUUGUCAUUGGAGUUCGGAAAGAAGAGUAAACUAGCUUGUACAAUAUACCCUUCGCCACGAAUUUCAACUUCUGUCGUUGAACCUUAUAAUUCAGUUUUUGCGACGCAUGCCACAAUGGAAAAUGUGGAUUGCAUGUUUAUGGUAGACAAUGAGGCCAUUUAUGAGCUAUGCAAUCGUAAUUUGGACAUAGAACGACCAACAUACUCCAAUUUGAACAGGCUCUUAAGCCAAGUAAUUUCUUCCAUUACUUCAUCCCUUAGAUUUGAAGGAUCUCUCAAUGUUGAUUUAACUGAGUUCCAGACGAACCUUGUACCCUUUCCAAGGAUACAUUUCCCCUUGAUAAACUAUGCUCCGAUUAUAUCAUCAGAGAAGGCGCAACACGAGCAGCUAUGCGUAUCUGAAAUCACCAAUUCUUGCUUCGAACCAGCAAAUCAACUUGUCAAAUGCGAUCCACAAAGAGGAAAAUACAUGGCUUGCUGUAUUCUCUACAGGGGUGAUGUUGUACCGAAAGACGUUAGCACCGCUAUAACUUCGAUUAAAUCCAGGAGGGCCAUACAGUUUGUUGACUGGUGUCCAACUGGAUUCAAAGUUGGAAUAAGCGGCCAACCUCCGGCUACCGUCCCAGGUGGAGAUUUUGCUAAAGUUCGAAGGGCAUGCUGUAUGCUGGCCAAUACAACCGCAAUCGCAGAAGCGUGGGCUAGGAUAGAUCACAAAUUCGACCUUAUGUAUGCUAAACGGGCUUUUGUACACUGGUUCGUUGGCGAGGGCAUGGAAGAGGGCGAAUUUUCUGAGGCCCGUGAAAAUCUUGCAGCCCUUGAAAAAGAUUAUGAAGAAGUUGGUGUCGAUUCUAUAGAUGAAGGAGAAGAAGAAGAAAUUUGAGAAAAUCAAAUGAAGACAUGUAAAUAAUCAAACAUACAAAAACGCAAUUAUUUAUAUCAAUAGUUCAUUUAUUGUGCAAAUGUACAAUCAUUUAAUAAAUAUUUACAUACUAA